AUGCUGGUGUCAGUGCUCUGGAUCCUGGCGGCACUCAGCGCUCCGCACGCAGUGACAGUUGCCUUGACUCCGUUUGGUCUCCUGGAGAAGAAGCCCAACUGCCCUCUUGGCUACUUUCCUUGUGGCAACUUAACCAAAUGCCUCCCUCAGCUGCUGCACUGCAACGGGGAGGAUGACUGCGGGAAUCUCGCCGACGAAGAGAACUGCGGUGAUAACAAUGGAUGGCCAAAUCUGUUUGACAAAUAUUUUGGAAUCCUCAAUGAUGAUUUUGGGACUAAGUCAAACAAAUGUUUGCUCGGUGCUGUCCCCGACGAAUGUCUGUGCAGAGGCCUGGAGCUAGACUGUGACAAUGCUCUACUCCGGGUCGUCCCAUCCGUGUCCACCAAUGUCACCAUGAUGUCUCUGCAGAGGAACCGGCUUAGGAAGCUCAGUGCUGAUAUAUUCUACAAUUACAGUAAUCUUCAAAAGCUGUACCUGCAGCACAACAAGAUUCGAACCGUGGACCCUCGCGCAUUCAGAGGACUCUACAACUUAACACGGCUGUAUUUGAGCCAUAAUAGGAUUUCCAGUCUGAAGCCAGGAGUUUUUCAAGACCUUCACAAACUGGAGUGGUUGAUACUGGAAAACAACAAAAUCAACCAAAUAUCCUCACUGACCUUUUCAGGCUUACGCUCCCUGGUCCUUUUGGUAUUGCUCAACAAUGCGCUGAGUCAGCUCCAAGACGAAGCCAUGUGCCAGGAGAUGUCGAGACUCAACUGGCUUGACAUGGAGGGAAAUCAAAUAGAGGUUGUUGGAAAUGUGACGUUCUCCUCCUGCCACAUGCUGACUGUACUCGUCCUUCAGCGAAACAGAAUCACUGCCUUACAUGAAAAUGCUUUCUCACCUUUACACAAGCUUGGGGAACUUGAUUUAUCCAGUAAUAGAAUUGAAACAAUACCUCCGAAUUUAUUUGUGGAUCUGGGCGAGCUGCUGCAGCUAAAUAUUUCUUAUAACCCUAUCGUGGAGUUACACGUGGACCAUUUUGAUAACCUGAGUAAAUUAAAGUCAUUGAGCAUAGAGGGAAUUGAGAUCGGGAACAUACAGAGGAGAAUGUUUGAGCCCCUGAAAAACCUGACUCACAUAUACUUUAAGAAGUUCCAGUACUGUGGCUACGCCCCUCACGUGCGCAGCUGCAAACCCAACACCGACGGCAUCUCCUCCUUCGAAAACCUGCUGGCCAACAUCGUCCUGCGGGUGUUCGUCUGGGUCGUGUCCGCAACCACCUGCUUCGGAAACCUCUUUGUGAUCUGCAUGAGGUCUUACAUCCGAUCUGAGAACAAGCUGCAUGCCCUGUGCAUCAUAUCCCUCUGCUGUGCUGACGGACUCAUGGGUGUGUACCUGUUUGUGAUCGGGGCUUUCGAUCUCAAGUUUCGGGGCGAGUACAACCGCCACGCUCAGGCCUGGAUGGACAGCGUGCAGUGCCAGGUGGUGGGCUCCCUGGCCAUGCUCUCCACAGAGGUGUCCGUGCUGCUGCUCACCUACCUCACCCUGGAGAAGUACGUGUGCAUCGUGUACCCGUUCCGCUAUCUUGCCCCUGGGAGGCUGCGGACCGUCAGCAUCCUCGUGGCCAUAUGGGUCCUGGGCUUCGUCAUCGCCUUUAUCCCCUUGGUGGCCAAGGGCUUCUUCAGGAAUUUCUACGGCACCAACGGCGUGUGUUUCCCCCUGCAUUCGGAACAACCAGAGACCUUUGCAACGCAGGUGUACUCCAUUGUUAUCUUCCUCGGGGUGAACUUGGUGGCCUUUCUUAUAAUUGUCUUUUCCUAUGGGAGCAUGUUCUAUAACAUUCAGAAAACAGGCACCCGGGCUACAGAGUACAGUAAUCACAUCAAGAAGGAGGUGACCAUCGCCAAGCGGUUCUUCUCCAUCGUCAUCACCGACUCCCUGUGCUGGAUCCCCAUAUUUAUCCUGAAGAUUUUAUCAUUACUGCAAGUGGAAAUACCAGGUACCAUCAGUUCCUGGGUAGUAAUAUUUAUUCUGCCAAUCAACAGCGCCUUGAAUCCCAUCCUGUACACGCUGACAACACGGCCGUUCAAGGAAACCAUUCUUCAAGUGUGGAAUAAUUACAGGCAGAGAAAGCCUCGAUCCAACAGUCAGCCUGGAUACACACCCUCCUUCACGUGGCUGGAGAUGUGGCCCGUUCAGGAAACCAACGCGCUGUCCUCUCCCGAGUACCUGGCACACCCCUCGGAAAUGUCACUAACUUCAGGGAAGUCUGAUCUGCUGCCGGUGAAAAGCGCAAAUGGGAUAUGAAUCCCAAGUCCAAUCAAAUCUUAUUUUUUUUCCCACAGCUGAGAUAACGCAGUAAUAUUUUCUGUGCACUGACACUAUCUUAUUUUUGUAGAUAACC